AUGCCAGGCACCACGGCCUCCCACCCUCCAGCAUCGGCACCGCACCCGCUCUCCGCCCGCCCAACCUACACAGACUCCCAACUCUCCGCCUACCUCUCCCUCCUCCCCUCUCAACCACCACUCACCCUCCCCGCCACCCAAAAACUCAUCAGCGAUUCCCCCAUCGCCGCCCUGCGCAAACUCCACCUCCUCCAACUGGCCUUCGCCCCCUUCGGCUCCAUCGCAAUGCACUAUUCCCCGCACCGCAUCGUCUCCAUCGACCCAGACUACCUCUACCAUAAGAUCGUCCACCGCCGCCAGGGCGGCUACUGCAUGGAGCUCAAUUGCUUCUGGAGCACGGUGUUGCGGUCGUUGGGGUUUGAUGUGUAUAUUGCGGGUGCAAGGGUGAGUAAGGCAGAAAUGGGGAGCCAGGGAUCGCAUGGGUUUGGCGGGUACGGGCAUCAGGUUACGAUUGUGAGGAUUGAGGGGGAGAAGUGGUUGAGUGAUGUUGGGUUCGGGGGAAGGAUGAGUCUGGAGCCGGUGAAGUUGGAGGUUGGGGCGAGAGGGAAGGGGAUGUUGGGUUGGUGGCAGAGGUUGGCUUAUCGUGGGGUGGCGGACUUUACGCAGGGUGAUCAUAAGGUCUGGGUGGUGGACGUACAUGAUGAGUGGGCCGGCGAGGUGGUGCAGAGGGAGGAAGUGUUUGAGGGCGUGCAGGCGGAGGAGGGGUGGAGGCCGGCAUAUUGCUUUGCGGAUGCUGAAUGGUUGCCGGCGGACUUCGAAAUGUUGAACUACAGGAUGUGCCGAGACUCAUUCUUCACGAGGACGUUGAUCUUGACGCGACCGAUUUUGAAUCAACAAGGAACGGAAUGUGUGGGCCAACUGACGCUGAUGAGCGACGAGCUGUCAAGAACCAUGAGCGGAGAAGGGCAGAAUGAGGAGAAGGAGGUUCUGGGCAAAUUCAGCAAAGAGCAAGACAGGGUUGAGGCACUCGAGAAAUGGUUCAGCAUCAAGCUUACGCCAGACGAGGCGAGAGGUAUCAGAGGCGCAUCGAGUGAGAUACGCGGGUGA